GGCGGUGUGAGCUGCUGACGCCGCCGGACGGAUAGGAUCAGCGGCCUGUGCAUCGGUCAAGAUAACAUGCAUGAGCACCCCUGGGCCGACCGUAGACACGGAGCGCGCCGAAACUGGGAAGUUCGGGAGGAGCAUCGCGCGCAGGAAUGCCGUGAAGAGGUGCCCCCUGCGACAGUGGGCCGCCCCCGCCCGGUCGGCCGACAGUUCCAGGGUGACUUGGCACGGAUCUGAAGCGGGUGCACCACCGCCGGCUGGGCGGCUGCGGGAUCGACAUUCGUCGUACGUCUCAGACUCAGACGAUGACGCCUUCGAUGACGCCGAGGCGGCGCUGCUGAACCACUACCUGGCGUCAUCGAGGGGCUCUGCGGCGGCGGGGGUGUCGCGGCGGCCAGUCUCCACACUCGGUCAUUUCCAGAAGUCUCCGGCUCGGACCUCUGCUGUCCCGUCCGGCAAGGUGCAGCAGACGCUUAUCUCUGAGCGGAAUCCGGAGGACACUUCAGCAACCGAUCAGGGGCAAUGUCCGUCCGAGACAGCCGACCAUUCAACCCGGGACGGCGACGGGACCACCGAUGAUGCAGCUGCCGCACUCUGCAGCGAGCUGACCGGGUCUGUGCCAUCCGCGGUCUCAGUUGGACUCAGCACGGCGACAGGGACGGACCCACCUCGUUUUACGCCAUCUGGGUCGUCGGCUGCCACUGGGACGAAUCCACCUCGAUCUGCGCCGUUUGGUGUCUCCGCUGAUGGCCCGAUGACUGAGACUAGGAUGGCGCCACCCCUCUCCGCGCCAUCCGGUUACACCUCUGGGACCUUUGCCGCGUCACCCCGCAAUACGUCCUCUGUCUCGGCCUCAGGGACCUAUACCGCUCAAUCCCGCCCCGCGCUGGCCGCCGUCUCUGAGAAGGUAAUCACCGAGACGUAUGUCGGCAACGGCAUCACCUACACCAAGCAGACCAGCGUCACCUGCUACCUGACUUGUGAGACGGCACCGGAGGAGGGCAGCGGACCCCAGGGGCCGGCCAGGAAGUGCCAGUCCCUGCCCGCGGCGAGGGGCGGCCGGUGACCUGACUAGUGACGAUGGUCGUUCGACACUGCCGGUCGGUGACUGGGUGUCCGGUCCGGUGACCUGAGACUGUUUACGCCGUCUGAUGACCGGUGCUGAUUGCUUUAUGUCCAGUGGCGAGUGGUGACUGCGCACCUAGCUAGUGACCUAUGGGGUGAGUACAUGGCGGAACCGUCCUCUCCCCUGAGUUUCGAACGCCGCCGGCCGUCGCUUCACGAAAGUAUGGCCACUUAUCUACUAGGUCUAUGACGAAGGACUGUUUGUUGCCAGGCUUGGGCUAUUAUGGUACCUACCUACUUUCAAGACACUUUUACAUGAUUUGAUGAUAAAUAUAGUGAAUAUCUUUGCUAUUC